GGGCCCCGCCGCCGGCGCCCUCCGCGGCUCCCGCCCCCGCCAGCGGCAGCUCCGCCCGCCCGCAGCCGGCGCGGCGACAUGGCGGCCUCCCUGCGGCGCGCGGCGGCCGGGCUUCUUACCAGAUUGCAGACUUCAGCUCCCACAAUACGAACUUUAUCGACGUCAAAUUAUCAUUCUCACAGCAUUCCAAGCUCUUUGUGGAAACUGGGGCGACUUAAUCACAUAGCAAUUGCAGUACCUGAUCUGGAGAAGGCUCAGGCUUUCUAUAAGGAUGUAUUAGGUACACGGGUGAGCGAGGCUGUUGCUCUUCCUGAACAUGGUGUCUACACUGUUUUUGUGGAGCUGGGAAAUACAAAGCUGGAACUUCUACACCCGCUAGGAGAAAAAAGUCCCAUAGCAAGCUUUCUGCAAAAAAACAAGACGGGAGGAAUGCAUCAUAUCUGCAUUGAGGUUGAUGACAUAAAAGCAGCUGUGACAGAACUCAAGGAAAGAAAGAUUCGAAUAUUGAGUGAAGAGCCAAAAAUAGGUGCACAUGGCAAACCUGUGAUUUUUCUUCACCCUAAAGAUUGCCACGGAGUCCUUGUGGAACUUGAGCAAGCUUGAGCUGUAAUAUUAAUGUAGUAAAACAAUAAACUAAUUGUGAACUUACUGA